GUUGGGCCGCUCCUUCCGGGCCGGCAGGCGGGUAAGUGGUCGUGCCGCGGCCAUGGAUGGCGAUCCUCCCCCGGUGGAGGAGCGGCGGCGGCUGCGGGAGGAGCUGAGCGAGUUCGUGGAGAGCUGCUGCCGGACGCUGGAGGAGGUGACGGCGUCGCUGGGCUGGAGCCUGGACCGGCUGGACCCCGGGGAGGAGGAGGCGGCCGAGGAUGAAGUUGCCAUAUGCCCGUAUGAUUCCAAUCAUCGCAUGGCUAAGUCGUCUCUAGCAAAGCACGUGGUAUCUUGUAGGUUGAGGAAACUGGGCUAUACCAAAGGAGAAGAGGGUAAAAUGUAUAAUUCUGACUUUUUCUAUGAGAAUGCGAAGAUACCUUCAGUUACCUUGAAUAAGGACUCACAAUUCCAGAUAAUUAAACAAGCUAGAGAUGCAGUUGGAAACGAUGGUGAUUAUUAUAAUCAAAGGAUGUAUUCUUCAUUGCCUGUUGAAGUUCCUCUGAAUCACAAACGGUUUGUUUGUGAUCUAACCCAAGCCGAUCGUCUUGCCCUCUAUGAUUUUGUAAUCGAGGAGACAAAGAAAAAACGGUCAGAUUCUCAAAUUAUUGAAAAUGACAGCGAUCUCUUUGUAGACUUGGCUGCCAAAGUCAAUCAAGAUAAUAGUCGAAAAAGUCCAAAAUCUUACCUUGAAAUCCUGGCAGAAGUGAGAGAUUAUAAAAGAAGACGCCAGUCCUAUAGAGCUAAGAAUGUUCACAUAACCAAGAAAUCAUAUACUGAGGUGAUUCGGGAUGUGAUCAACGUGCACAUGGAGGAACUCGGCAGCCAGUGGCGGGAGGAGCAGGAGAAUGCAGACGAUGAUGCGGAGAAGAAUGAAGAAGGGCGGUCGGCUUCAGUAGACUCACGGCAGUCUGGGGGAAGCUACCUGGAGGCGGAGUGUUCACGACAUAGAAGGGAUCGGAGUAGGAGCCCGCAUAAACGCAAAAGAAACAAAGAGAAGGACAAACACUGGGACUCAAGAAGAAGGAAAGAGAGGGAUGGGGAAAGACAUCAUAGUCAUAAAAGAAGAAAGCAAAAAAUAUAAACGAAGUAUUUGUGUGUGUAUUAAUUAUGCUUAUGCCAUGGUAACCAGUAUGCUGAUGUUUUUAUCAUAAUUGCUUUGAGUAGGAGAAUGUGCUUAUAUGAACUGUUCAGUGCUCAGAUCAUUAUUUUUCAACCAAUACUUACAUCUCAAACCAUGAGUACAUUGAUUAUGCCCGAGAAAUUUGUUUUCCUUAUAUUUUAAUGGAUGAUUGCCUCCUAUUACUGAUUUUGUCUCAUUCUUUUUUUGAUAAUUUAUGUAUCAGAAAAUUCUUUAAUUAAAGUGAAUAUUUACACUA